AGUCUCGCGAGAUUUUGCCCGCUCGCAUCAAGCUAGCAGCCCUAGCUCAGAGAGGUUUAUUGUGACCGUCCAGUCGUCCGCCUCAAUUUUGCCGCAAAGCAUCGAUACCUUCAAGCGUAUACAACCAAGGAGCGGUGGAGCCAACGAUGUAGUCGUAGUUGUUGAUCGUUUUAACUCUUCGCUUGUCUGUUUGAUUUAAUACGUGUGUGUGUUGUGUUAUGUUUCGCAUUAUUCUCUGUUUUCAUCGCCGCACCCUCCAGAUUCAGUCUCUAUUGCUCUCUGUGGAGCAGCAGGUGUAACGUUAUUACAAUAACAAAGAGAGCAACCAGCUGCUAGGAAAGCAUCGGCUUAAAUUGCUAAGAAGCUCACUUGAUAUCAGAUUUAUCUCCGCCUCGUUAUCCUGUUAGCGUAACUAUAGCAACCAUGACAGGUGAGAAGAUCCGCACCGUGCGAAAGGACCACAACAACAAACCCAACAAGAAUGAGGAGAUACUGGACACGUACGAUGAGACCUCUAACGGGACGAUCCCUAACGGUACCGGCAACCAUCUCAAAUCCAACAAGGCUUUUCAGAAAGCUGUGAAAACCUCGGCACUACUGCAGCAGCAGCAGCAGCUCAAUGCAAACAACAUUAAUGGAAACCCCUCAUCAGUAGACACCAUCGUCAACGAUAACAACAAGAACCCAAUCAUCCUCCUGACCAGUGAGGAGCUGGAGUUCCCUGUUCAUGAGUGCGUGUUCAAGGGGGAUGUGCGUCGCCUCUCCUCUCUCAUCAGGACCCACAGCAUCUCUCAGAAAGAUGUACAUGGGAACACACCUCUUCACCUGGCUGUGAUGAUGGGCCACAAAGAGUGUGCCCUCCUCCUACUGGCCCAUAACGCUCCUGUAAAGAUAAAGAAUGCACAGGGAUGGAGCCCUCUAGCAGAAGCCAUCAGCUACGGCGACAGGCAAAUGAUCACAGCGAUACUGCGGAAGCUAAAGCAGCAAUCCAGGGAGAGUGUGGAGGAUAAGAGGCCAAAAUUACUGAAAGCUUUAAAGGAGCUUGGUGACUUUUAUCUGGAGCUGCAUUGGGACUUUCAGAGCUGGGUGCCUUUGCUGUCCCGGAUGCUGCCAUCUGAUGCUUGUAAAAUCUACAAGCAGGGGAUUAACAUCAGACUCGACACCACUCUCAUAGACUUCACUGAUAUGAAGUGUCAGCGCGGAGACCUCAGCUUCAUUUUCAACGGCGAGGCCGAACCCUCCCAGUCUUUUGUGGUUCUGGACAACGAAGCAAAAGUGUACCAAAGAAUACACCACGAGGUGAGAGAGUCCGAGAUGGAGACUGAAGAAGAGGUGGAUAUUCUGAUGAGCAGCGACGUCUACUCUGCAACGCUGUCCACCAAGUCCAUCUCUUUCUCUCGCAGUCAGAUUGGCUGGCUAUUCAGAGAGGAUAAAACAGAGAUGGUCGGAAACUUCCUGGCUGACUUCUACUCAGUGAACGGUCUGGUGCUAGAGUCACGAAAACGGCGAGAACACCUAAGCGAGGAGGACAUCCUGAGGAAUAAAGCCAUCAUGGAGAGCUUGAGUAAAGGAGGCAGCAUCAGUGAACAAAACUUUGAGCCUGUGAGACGGCAGUCCCUCACAGCUCCUGAUCCAAACACAAUUUCUUGGGAAGAGUACAUCACUGCAGAGCAAGGAAAGCCACCUCAUCUCGGGAGAGAACUGGUGUGUAAGGAAAGCAAGAAGAACUUCAAAGCUACUGUAGCCAUGAGCCAGGAUUUCCCUCUGGGCAUCGAGUCGUUACUAAACGUGUUGGAGGUCAUAGCCCCGUUCAAGCACUUCAACAAACUCCGGGAGUUCGUUCAGAUGAAACUUCCACCCGGAUUUCCAGUCAAACUCGACAUCCCCGUCUUCCCCACGAUCACAGCAACUGUCACCUUUCAGGAAUUCCGCUACGACGAAUUUGAAGAGUCUACUUUCUUCAUCCCCGCUGAAUUCAAAGAAGAUCCCAGUCGCUUCCCCGACCUCUGACCUGUAAAACACACCUGACACAAACAGGAAAUGACCAGCGAGGUGGGAAACAAAAAAUGAGGAAUCCUGUAUUGUUUUAUUCCUAUAUAUAUUAUCCGUUUAAAAAAAAAAAAAAAAAAGGGAACUGGUCUUAUUGAUCGGUUAUUGUUCAUUUUUUGCUGAUGGAUCCAAAGCGAAUCAAUGCAAACAGAUGUUACAGAGCGCCAUCUAACAUAUACUGUAGAUGCAUAUCGGCAGUCGUUUAUUUUGUGAAAUGAGUGAUAGCUUUCAUUAUACCCGCUGCUGUUCCUUCCUGUGAAAGCUGUCAGAAGACACGGCCUGGACUCUUCAUCAUCAUCAUCACUAUUUUAAUAUCUGCUCUUAUCUCAUCAUCUUCAAGGACUGAUAACUGAAUUCUCAUUCUUAACUGCACUGACACCGUCAUCUGUAAAUAAUUCACAUCUCAUCUGUAAUUCAUCGGGAAAACUCACAAAUAUAGCUAUAUCCUCAAACUGAGCUUAAUAUUCAUUUAUAAAUUAUGUACGAUAUUAUAUAUAAAUAUAUAAACUCAAAGGAGUAACACUGUGUAGCAAUACAUUUUCCAGUACGUAAGAAUGUUUUUAACCAGCUGGGAGAAGGUUUAGCAUAAAAACACAUUCUUAACAGUUUCGAUAUCCGACGCCUUUUCUCCCCCGUGCAGGACGCAAUCUCCUGUGUUUUCAGGUUAGCUCAUGUUACCUCUCGGCUGUCUCCAUGUUUGUCGUGAUAGUAUGAAAUCUGUGCUCGGUGUGAGUGAAUAAUUGUACUGUACCAAGGGUUGUGCGUUUGUGUGUGGGAGAACCCAGAAGGGAUAUCAGGUAAACUGUUCUUAGUUUAAUACUGCACCGAUAUUAAGUAUAUUUAAGGCAUGCUAUGGCUGUGUUGGCCUACUGGAUCACAUGCAUCUUUCAGCUAUAUUCUCUGAGCGUUUGUUAGAUUACCUGCAGAUUUAUUGGUAUUAAGAUUAAGGCAAAAAAACCUGUAACACUAACACUUUGGAACACCUUUUAGUGCUUAUAAAAUCUCUCCUUGAAUGGUAGUCUGCGCAUAUUAUUUCUCCUUUUUCUUUCUAAUCCAAGGAGAGUAAACUAAGCUGUGAAGUUGAUAUUUGCUGGGAUAUCCCCGAAACUGUCCGGAUAGGAAAUAAUCUGAUCCAUUGAGUUGUCUUUGGCUUCAGCUUAUAUUUACUGCAACCAUACCUACUUCACUUCCCUUUAAAUAAAGCACCAGCAUCAUGUUUCAACUGACUUUGUGCAAGUAUAAUAAAAAUGACAGUAUUCCAUAUAGA